AUGCUUACCUGCACUCCGAUGACGGACGGUAAUUACGAGGCAUCGUGGGCGUCCCUGGAGCGUCGCUACGGUAAUAAAAGGAUCUUAGCGGCCUCACACAUGCGUCGCAUCCUCACCUGUGCUCCCAUAGUAAAGGCGUCCUCUCAGGAAAUUAAAAGGAUCCUCGACGAAUUCCGCCAGUCACGGAAUGCACUCGCCUCUUUGGAGCGACCGGUGGAGUCGUGGGACGACUGGUUUUCGUUCCUCCUCACCGAAAAGCUGGAUCAAACCACGAGACUCGCUUGGGAAACUUCCUUGGUUGAUCCCACUACGCUUCCCCCGUUUGAGGCGUUAGUGGAUUUUCUGGAAAAUCGUGCUCACGCUAUUAUUUCUGCUCAAGGUACGAAUGCGGCGACGCCCCCCCUCCAGUCCAAGGAAGGCUCCAAGCGGACACCCGUUGCAAAUACUCGAACAAGGGUAACAUUGACCACGAACGCCAAGGAAACAGCCAAGCCUAAGACAGCAAAAACGUGCCCGUCGUGUGCUGGCUCACACACUCUUGGCCACUGCACUAGGUUGAAGAAAAUGAACCCGCAAGACCGUUUGUCGCUGGUAAAAAAGGUAGGCGUGUGUACAGCAUGUCUAAAUUCAGGUCAUGAAGUUGCAGCCUGCAAGUCAAACUUUCGCUGCCUGGUUUGCGAGGCCAAUCACCACACAUCGUUACACGAUGCCUUUCGGGAAGAUCAACCAUCGUCAUCCAAGGCAAAUAUAAUUACACCGAGCACGAGUGCUGCUUAUACGGUCCGAUCUCAACGGGUGAUUUUGUUGGCAACCGCGCGGGUCCGCUUGGAGUCGACUGAGGGUCGCACUUUAGACGUCAGGGCUCUUUUAGAUCCAGGCUCUGAGUCGUCAUUUGUUAGCGAGAAGGUCGCGCAAUCGCUCCAGCUACAGCGGAAAAGUGUGAGGGUGUUACUCACCGGUUAUCAGGAGAAGAGCGUCGGGAUGGCCAAACACGAAGUCUCCGUCGAGCUUACGUCCUGCGCAGACAGCGACUUCCGCAUCACUCUUAACGCGUUGGUGACAAGGAAAGUCACCUCUCCAACUCCGUCUCAUCCAGUGGAGGACCAUCCAUGGAUUCACAUGCGGGGAUUGCCGCUGGCCGAUCCGGAGUUUAGAUUACCACGUAGAGUCGACGUACUUCUUGGAGCUGACGUUUGUGGGUACCUUUUCUUGGAAAAUAAGGUAGGCCCUCCUGGAACUCCGUCGCUGGUCCGCACGCCGUUUGGAUGGUCCCCUUUGGGGCCGGUUUCGACCUCCGACGAUCCAGCUUCAGGGGUGGCUCGGGUGCAACUCAUCCGAGGCCUGGAUGAUCUCCGAAACGACCUGCAAAGAUUUUGGGAGCUUGAGGAGGUCCCUUCGAAGUCUCCGUGGAGCCCUCAAGACACAGCUUGUGAGGAGUAUUUCAAGGAAACGCACUCACGUGAUGAACUAGGUCGUUACGUGGUGCGGCUCCCAUUUCUGAAGGCUACACCCGAAGACAUCGGAGUACCGCGACGUGCCGCUCUUCAACGGUUUCUGGCUGGCGAACGAAGAUGGGAGAAGGACUCCUUUUUGCAAACAUCUUAUGCGGGCUUCAUGGAGGAGUAUCGGAGACUGGGCCACAUGGAACCAGCCUCCAAGUAUGAUGUCGCUAACGCCAACUACCUGCCUCACCAUGCAGUCUGGAAAACCACCGGGCAACAGACCUUCGCUGAACCAGGCUCUUGCGUCAGGACCACGUCUGCAGUCCGACCUUUGGCUGGUGCUCACUCGGUGGAGGUUCCCGAGAUGCGUAUUUUCUACGGACAUAGUAAAGAUGUUCCGUCAGAUAGCCGUCCAUCCUGA